UUUACUGUACCAUGCUAUACCAUUUAUAAAGAUGGCGAACAAUUUUGUGAAUAAUAUAAAAAAAAUUAUAUCAAGAAAUAGACUUAUGCUGGUGCAAUCCAUUGAGGUAACUGCGUUAAUGAGUGCUGGAGAUUUAAUUACUCAAACAAUAAUAGAUGGAAAAUCUCUCAAUGAAAUUAAUUUCAAAAGAACUAUAAAGUUUGGUUCGCUAGGCGCAUUUAUAGUGGGUCCAAGUACGUCAGCAUGGUACAAAUUUUUAGCUAGGACCGUCAACGCGAAAGAUCCUUAUGCACCGAUUAAAAAAAUGCUGAUUGAUCAACUUAUUUUUGCACCUGGAAUGUUACCGAUUGUCAUGACGGCUGUGGAAAUGUACGUAAAUAGUUUUACUUGGGAACACACAAAGCAGCAAAUAAGAGAUAAAUAUUUUGACAUUCUUAUUACUAAUUACCAAGUAUGGCCUCUUGUACAAUUCGUAAAUUUUAAGUUUAUGCCGCUUCGUUACCAAGUAUUGCUUGCACAAACUGUUGGUUUAUUCUGGAAUUCGUAUUUAUCUUGGAAAACAGUUAGUAAAGUGUAAAAUCACAUAACUAUUAUUUAAGUGUGAAUAUUUAUUAUCAAUAAAUCACAACCAACUCAAAUCAGAAAA